AUGCAUAUAGCUACAUUCAAGAGAAAGAAGAAUCACACGUGUACGGAAAAGUCCAGAGUCAUCGGAGUUUUUCUCACCGGCGUCCUUCGCCGUCGGCUCAUUCACCGUCUUCUCAUUUCGGCUAUCUCCGUUUGCGUUCUUUUGUUGUUUUCAAUGCUCUCUCUCUUCGCUCCUUCUUCUGCUAUGGAGAAUAACCUGGUUAGGUCUCGUUUUAUUUUGAAUCAUCAAUCGGAGUUUUACGUUCCGGCCAGUGGAGAUAGUUACAGGCAUGAUUUGUGGAAUUCGACGAACUCGCAGCUUUUCGUUGGCUGUAGUAAUGCCGGCUUCAACUUCGCAAAAACCAAUAGCAAAACUCAUCCGGAUCGAUAUGUGUUAAUUGUAACCAGUGGAGGCUUAAAUCAACAAAGAACAGGGAUAAUUGAUGCGGUUGUGGCUGCCUAUAUUUUGAAUGCUACUCUUGUUGUUCCGGAGUUGGAUCAUGCAUCUUUCUGGAAAGACAACAGUAAUUUUUCUGAGCUAUUUGAUACUGAUUGGUUUAUAAAAUUCCUCCGGAAUGAUAUAAGAGUUAUAAAACAACUUCCACUUAUGGGAGAGAAAUUUGUGGCCCCAUAUACAGUGCGUGUUCCAAGGAAAUGCACCCCUAAAUGUUAUGAGGACCGUGUUUUACCCGUGCUGAUCAAGAAACGUGCUGUUCGGCUCACGAAGUUUGACUAUAGACUUUCCAAUAUGUUGGAUGAUGAUCUGCAAAAGCUGAGGUGCAGGGUAAACUACCAUGCUCUCAAAUUUACGGAUUCCAUUCAGGGAAUGGGAAAUUUGUUAGUUGAGCGGAUGGGAAUGAAAAGCGAGCAUUUCAUUGCUCUACAUUUAAGGUUUGAACCAGAUAUGCUUGCAUUCUCUGGCUGCUAUUAUGGUGGGGGAGAUAAAGAAAGAUCAGAACUUGGUGUAAUUAGGAAGCGGUGGAAAAAUUUACAUGCAAGUAAUCCUGAGAAAGAAAGAAGGCAUGGAAGGUGCCCACUUACCCCAGAGGAAGUUGGUCUUAUGCUUAGAGCACUAGGUUUUGGAAUUGACACUCAUAUGUAUGUGGCUUCUGGAGAAAUAUAUGGAGGUGAGGAAACAUUAGCACCCCUCCGAGCUCUAUUCCCUAACUUCCAUUCAAAGGAGACCUUAGCUACCAAGGAAGAGUUGACACCAUUUGUUUCAUUCUCUUCUCGCAUGGCUGCACUUGAUUACAUAGUUUGCGACAAGAGCGAUGUUUUCGUCACAAACAACAAUGGGAACAUGGCUAAAAUUUUAGCUGGAAGAAGGAGGUACUUUGGUCAUAAACCUACCAUCCGUCCAAAUGGAAAAAAGUUGAACCCCUUAUUCAUGAACAAACAUAACAUGACAUGGGAAGAAUUUGCACCUCGAGUUCGAAAAUUCCAGGUAGGGUUCAUGGGAGAGCCUAAUGAGUUGAGGCCAGGCAGUGGUGAGUUUCAUGAGAAUCCAACAUCUUGCAUAUGUCAAAAAUCAGGGUCACCGGUAAAAAUUGAGGGGUUUGGACCGAUUAAGGUAGAAAACAGGACAGAAGAGCAGCCUUCCGAGGAAGAUCGGGAGUGGUCUGAAUUAGAUUAUGAUUUGGACAAUUAUAAAAAUCAGGUUCAGCUUAAAGAAACUAAAACUGAUUCAAUUCCUCUUCAAACGGGAACAGACCAAGUUGAAGUGCAAGAAUUCUUCUCAGAUUAG